AUGGCAGAAUCGGAUUGACAAGUCGUGCAAUUUUCGUAAUUUAUUUUUGGGUGCAAUAAUUAUUGCCUUUGUACUUUUUAGGUGUUUUCCGCCGCACUUUAAAAGGCAUAAAAUAUACAUACUGUUUUGUGUUUAAAUAACUGUGCUUUCUAUCUGUUCAUGCGUAUGUUGCAAUUUCACGAAAUAUCAAGCUUUGGUAUGAUAACAAAAGAUAUAAAAAUUCAGCCUUGUCUCGGUAUGUGCUCUUUUUCGUCAUGUGUGUAUCGCCGGGAUUAACAUAGCAUGAAUGGUCUCUGGCGCGAAGACUCGGGUAUGUAUACGUAACUGUCCAGAAUCGUGAUUUUUGGGAUUGUGACGUCACAAAAUAGACAAGACGUUAUUUACAGUGCAAAUUAGGUAAUAAAAUGUUUUAUUGUUUUCACCGGUGAGUAGCCUAAUAUUUGUUGCGUUCCGGUGAGGACGGAAUUCGCGGCGUAGCGGUGGGCCUCCGCUAGGAUGGGCGGCGAUGUCUGCCCCCUCUGAGAGCGCAGCGAGCCCUGCACCGUGCGCAUGCACCAAUAUAUCGCUUAUGCAAUUGUUCCAUGAGCUCAAACAGAAGUUUCCUGGAGUACCUGAUCAUGUUGUUUCAAACACGAUCGAAUUGUACUGUCACGAUAAACAAGCCUGCGAGAAACAUCUCCACAGUGAAGUCAAGGCCUCCCUAACGCAUGCCUACCAUGCCUCCUCGUCGGCAGCCGCGCGCCAGCUCAAUGAACUCAGGCUCAACCUGCCCAUCAAGUGUCGCAACCAGCCCAUAGUGAAGCAUGAAGCUGUCAAAUCUACAGCACUCAAAUCUAUCACUUGUGAUGGCCCUCAGAAAGCGAUACUGAGCUCUGUUACUGAAACAACUGAAAAACCAACCAAGCUAAACACUGAUGCCAAUCAAAAUAUUGUGGAAACAAAAAAUGAGGAAACCAAUAGGAGCAACAACAACAUAUCGCCAGUCACUGUAAUCAAUAUUGACAACUGUUAUGCAAAGUACAACGCUGAGUCUCCUAGUGACUUGGAGCUAACAAACGAGAACUCGAAAGAAGAGAAAGUUGUACAGUUACAAGAAGAAAAAGUUGUUUCUCCACAACCAGAAGAAAAAGACCUUGAGCAACCAGAAAGUACCAACUAUAAGAUUCUAAAGAGUCAUAAAAUUAAAAAUAACUUGCAUGAAAGAUUAGAAAAAGGAAAGGAGAAGAAAACUAUUAAAAAAGAGGAGACUCAACCUAAACAAGUGAGCCCACAAGAAAAGCCAAAGCGGCCCAACACAUUAGAUUUCAUUAAACCAAAUCCAGAUAUUGCAUUUAAACAGACAUUAAAGGAACCAGAGGUUGAUACUUGUAGGACGGUGUCACCAGCUCCAUCUGUGGUGAAAGAAAGUCAGCCUAAGGAAAACAAAAGUAAUACAAAUUUCAGACCAGAACGGGGCUACCCGUUAAACUUGUCAGUUAAUGUCAAUUGUCAUAUGGACUUGAGUCGUGCUUAUGGUGAUCCUUGGUUAGAAGAUUAUGAUAGCCCGAGAGCUAUAACAUCUGUGAAUUUAACUGUUUGUACUCCGACCUCAAAUAUGGCUAGUCCUGUGAGAGAUACGCGGGAAGAUGACGGGGGUUUCGAGGGUCACGUGACAGUCACGGUGAGCCCGAGCACCACGCGGCCCCCUCGUCGCAGGGCUCCACCGCCGCCUCCGCAUCCUUCGCGGAUCGAGUCACCAAGACCCAGCAGAUCAGCGCCUGAACCCCCGGGAUCUAUUACUAUUGAUCGUGCCUUGAUCGAGCGUCAAAAAGAAAGGCUCGAACGCCUAGCGAUGGCGCUGGCGCAGGAGAAGGGGCGGCUCACCCAGCUGACGAAGGAAACGCGGAUACUGGCUGGGCCGCCCCCCACCGUGUCGGCGACGCAACGGCUACGUGACGACGUCGAACGACUGCGGAACCAAUGCGGCACCCUUGCAAAAAGACUGGAGAUGUCUGGUCAUGAGCCGGACGACGCUGGGAACUUCUACAGCAACAUCUACACGGGGCAGCGACCCUCGUCCUCCUGGCAGUGCCACAUGUGCACGUUCAGGAACCAUCCGCUCCUCGACAAGUGCGAGGAGUGCGACAUGCCGCGGAUAUUCGUAGGUACGUCUCCCCCUAAGACGCACGACUCGGGCUUCGGCUCAUUCCGGGAUAGGAACCGGCGCGGCGCCGCCUCUAUCGAUGAUCUUCCCCACUCACUAACACAGACUCAGUCGGCCUAGCCCGACGACAGCGCAGGACGCUAAUCAAUCCUCAUUAUUGCCUUAUUCAGUGCCUAUAGUGUAAAAACAGUGCUUGAGUGUAUCAGUGUUUUAAACUUUAUAAACUCGUGUGCGUUUGAAGUGUCCAGACUUGAGGCUAAUAUGAACAGUGUUGUGCUUAAGACUCACCCAGCAUGUUACUGUUGGAAUGCAAACUUUAUUAUUAACAAUGAAAAUACCAACGAUGUGAUGAACUAUGUACCUCUGUUGGUAGUUUCACAUCUCGAUUUAUUAUUCCUUUCAUUAUUUAAGAAUCAUAUUUGUGUACUUGGACUUUUGAACGUUAUUCUCUUGUACGUAGAGCAGAAAAUUCAGUGAUUGGCAGCAGUGUUAAAUUUUAUGGACUUAAUAUUUUUCUGUUCUAAGUAUAAUUGUGCAAAUAUGAUCCUCGCAUGUGUGUUCGUCUAUUUUUUAUAUGCGACUGGAUUAAUAUACGACUUAUUCUCGUGUAAAAUACUGAGAAAUCUUAUAAACAAUUGUGGACGGUUAUCCGACAUACACACGUGUACUUGAUAGACUGUGAUUAAUACUAGUUCGUGGUAUUAGUGGAUACGAUUCAACAAAGCACCUUCAAAUAAUAAACAUAUCGAAUGGUUUAACGCACAUAAUAAACAAUAGUGACUUCGAGAAAGUGACUCACUAUCAUCUAACUGCGAUUUUCUCUUGAUAGUUUCUGCUCUAUAAUGAUGAUUGCCUUGAAACUAAGGUCAUUCGACGCGAAUUGUGAAUUAUUUGCACAUGGAUUUCAUUAAAUUAACUUUGAAUAAAUGGCGUCUUCUGACUGCCCAGUGCAAACUAAGGGAGAUUAACAAAUAGCCUUGUCUUAUCUACGACAUUUCCAAGAUUUUAGGUAACAAAACAGACAUUAAAUGUCUUUAAUCGAUAUCAUACCAAGAUGUAGGUAUCUUUAGUCUUAGAGUACUCAUUAAUUGACAAAAAAUUAUCAAGGUAACACCUAAGUACUAAGUAUGCCUACGUACCUAAGAACAGCUUUACAAAUACGAUAACGCGACUUAGACUUCUGACGAAAUGUUUCCGACAGCUGUUUGCUAUCAGAAACAAGUCAAAAAGCCUUUAAAACCUCUCUUUGUCAAUUCAAAUAUUUCUACUGGUCCCUUAUAGGUUAUAGGUAACUAGAACAGCAAUGUAUUACCUAAUUGUAUUGUCUUAUCAUAUGAAAUAAAUCAGCCAAUAUAAUACAUAGUAACAUAAACAUAAGUUAUCUUUUGCAAAGAUAUCGUCGAUUCAGAUAAAAGUGUUACCGGAAAUCGUCAAAUAUUUUCGUAGUACAAUCGAACUAAAUUGAUUGUGAUCAGGUACAAUAAUGCUACCAGGCGAUGUUGAAACAAUGGUGCGCUGUCUCUGUCACUUAAAAGUGUUAUAAAAGAGACGAAAUAUUUUAAAUUCGGAAUUAUUUAGCAUUUAGGACAUGAAUAAAAAAAUUACGCACUUUAACUUCUCAAUCUAUAGUCUAACAGUACAUUUGUUGACAGUACAUCUGUGGGUGAUGUAUCGUCGACCUAUCUUGCAAAACAUUCACGCACUUAAUACGUCACAUAUAAUUGUAAAUACAAAUACGCCGCGAUUUUAGACCUUAUUGCAAAGAAAAGUUGUUUGACCUCGCAGAAAUGUUGGUCUUUUUUUCUAUAGUCCGUGAGUCAUCAUUGAGUCUUGUGUGCGUCUGUAGGUAUAGAAAAGUUGUGUAAUGCCGUUGCAGCAAUUGUUACGAAAUAUGUUGACGAAACGUUGCUAUGACGACGUUAUGUUUUUAAUUACUUCACGCAAUGGACAAAGGCAAACCUUAUAAAUAAAGUCUUUUGUAUCAUAGAUAGUUCCUAGAUACUAACAUUUAAGCGAAAUAAAUAAAUUCCACAAAAACUUAACAUCACAAACGUAAUUAAUGUCUUAUCCGAAAAUUAAUCUUUCAGGAAGCAAUGGUUUGUACGCUGUGUUUCGUUUGAUAACCGUCUUAACAGAGAUUUUGUAAAAUAUUUUGUUUAUCUAGCGUUUAGGUAAAAAGAAAUUAUUAGAUUUUAUUAAAAUGAGAUGUAUUUAUUGUUUUACUUAAUGAAAUUUUAUUAGGCAGACUAAACAUCACUUGUUGACUGGUCAAACGGUGAGACAUCACAGGAUCUCGUUAAAAGACUAUUUUAUUGCGCCUUGCCAAAAAUGUAUCAUAAAAAUUAUUUAUUGCCCUUGGAAAAAAAUACAUGCGCCGUUUCUUCGAUUUUUGCUCAAAUUAUCUUGCUCAGUAUUCAUGAUAACAGAUUCACAAAUAAAACGUUUGUUGUCAGGCUGAAUGGCCGAUAGCCAAGCACUUGAAGAUGGCUACACGAGCCAGUGUAUACAGGCCUAAAAAAUAAUCAAGCGAAAUAAUACAUAGUUAGUAUAACGAUUAAUUUUAAUACAUACGUCAGACAGGUAUAGUUGUUGCAUAUUCGAAUUUAACUGUGAUAGGCAUAGGGUUUCAAGUUGAAUGAUAACUAUUACGUUUUUUACUACAUUAUUCGGUAGACUUAAAGAUGAUUCAAGUCACUUAGCUCCACCGUUCUAUAUUCUCUUCAAAUAGUAGUACAAUCGACAAAAUUGUUACUGUACCCAGAUUUUGGCAAUGGACUUGCCCCUUUCCAUAAAAGGUAUAGAAAACAAAGGGCAAAAAUGAUCUACUUAGUUUUUCCUUUUUUCUGCUACUUUCUGUAAAAAAAUAAUUCAACUUAAUCCACGAGAUUAUGAAAAAUCCACAAAUUUUGUUCAUACAAAAGUAGUCUCUAAACAUUGGAAAUAAGGGAUAUAAUGGAGUAAGUGGAAAGCCGUCAGCGGUGACCGCUUGGGGAGUGGGCAGUUAAUACCUGCUAUAGAAAAUAACAUAAUUGAAUUUAAAUUCUUUACAUUAUGGUAAUAUUUUUAAUAUAAUACUUAAUUUCAAUAAAAUCAAUGAAAAAUUGAUGUGAAAAUUCCAAAUUAUUGUGAUAAAAAUCGGCCUUAUUAUUAGGAAAUGAAAACAUUUAUAGAAAAUUAUUUAAAGUAAUAAAUAUAAAUGAAUUUUGUAAAAAUGAUUGCACUAGACUUACGUAGAUAUUUGAAUUAUUGUGGUGACUUGAAUUCUAGGCGAAAGUGUUAUAAGGCGUAGGUGUUAUAUCAAUUGUGAUCAAUUUUUUAUUGUAUAUGAGAGAAUAAAUGAUAUGUUUAUUAUUAAAGUAUGUUUAUUUUUCUUUGUGAUGUUAAUAUUUUGAUCAAACUUAUAUUUACGCGAUCUUUGCCAUAUAAAAAUGAGUGUUGACAGUAUGAUUGGUGAACACUUGAGUAGGUAUACCAUUUUCUAUAUAAAAUAACAAAGUUGCUAACGUUAAUUAAUAUAGAGUCUGGCAA